AUGUUCCAUCUGGUGGGUUCUGAUCCCCGCCGGUCCUACAUGGUCACUCUCCUCCAGCCGGCGAACCUAGACCAGUUCAUCCACAUCACCGACACCAUCAUGCAUACCCCAGCCUUUGGCCCCCGGUCUCAGACCGCGCUACAGUAUUCGUUGCGUUACUCAGCAAUAUCGCUCAACAAAUCCUCUCAAGCCAUGUUGUCGGCCCUUCUAUGGGCACGCCAUGUCGCCAUCACGUGGGAUCAGGUAGAUCUCGAGAGCGGCGCCAGUUCUCUUCAGCAUUUACGGACUGCCAGUGUCAGCAGCGUCGAGGAGGCUCUCGCAGUGGCCAUGUUCGGGCAGACACUGACUGCCAAUGACACCAUCACGACGGGUCGAGGCUCGUCAUUGAUCUUACGACACAGCCUGACCUUGCUCAAGCCUCGGUAUCCGGCUCUGGUUUCGAAUCCAUUUACCGAGACCAUCACGACGGCGCCUAUCCGAUCGGCCGAACGGAAUAUUCCUACGAAUCCUCAACCCAGACCCUGCGUGACCUGUCCUACCACGAAUUCCAGGGAAUAA